AUGGAGGACGCGCCGGCGCUGCGGGACGACUGGCAGAUGGCGCAGGGCCGAAAGCGGCCGCGUCAGCCAUCCCUCCAACGCGCCCCCGCACCCACGCCGGCGGCCACUCCGGCCCCGGCGUCCACCAACCUCGGCGCAGGCCGCUCCGGCCCGCCGACCACCACUAGCCAUGGCCUCCCUCCUUCCUCCGCCGUCGGUCGUUCGCGCGAGGUCCGCUGGCUGGAGUCGAGCCCGUCGUCGGCCGGCUCUCCGCCGACCUCCUACCGACAGGCGCUCUGCCGGACGGCCGCAUCGUCCCCGCCCGUCUCCCCUCUGGCCCUGAGCCCCCCACCUUCUUUGACGGACCCCUCUCCGCCGCCCGCCCGCCCCUCCAUCCAGUCCGAGAUCUACCGGCCUAUGGAGGACGCGCCGGCGCUGCGGGACGACUGGCAGAUGGCGCAGGGCCGAAAGCGGCCGCGUCAGCGCCCCCCCCCCCCCCCGCCGCCGCCGCCCGCGUCGCGGCCCUGGUGA